AUGUGCUUUUGCAAGAAGGACAUCCUAGAAGACUAUCGUACGGAAACACGCGAGGCCAUUCGGGACAUUAAAGAAAGCCAAGAAGAGACCCGUAUAAUCAUUGCCCUGGGUGAACCUAAAGCCGGGAAAGCCACACUGAUUGAUGAUAUCUUCGACCCUUUUCGUAAAUAUAGCAAGCAGCCAGAGGCUAUCGAACCAUCGCCAAGCGGGCCUUUUGGAACCCAAUACAAGCCUUGGGGAUACGGGUCUUUUGGAUAUAAGCCUAGGGAAUUGAAACCUACCGCAGGUGCUAAUCCUACAUCCAAUUGUGAGAUAGUACAGGCGAGCAUCAAGUCACAACGUUACGCGUUUAUCGAUACACCCGGCAUCGAUAAAUAUAACGCAAAGCGGGCAUUCAAGAAGUUAGUCGACCUCAUUCGCCACAUACGCGAUGACAACGUCGUCUUCGAGGGUAUUUGGUAUGUUGUCAACAGUGUCUAA